AUGGAGUCUUCUAGAACUAUUAACCAUAAGUUGAAUGAGAUAUUGAGCAAGAACAAUAUCAAUAAGGCUAAGCUUGACGAAUCGUCAGCUUUGAGCUAUGCUAAUGUACUCAAGACUAAUAUCCUCGGUAAGGAUAAACAGGAAAAAGUCAAUUCGAUAGUCGUGUUGGCCAAAUUGCUCGAUUGUAUUGCUGGUGGCGGUGGUGCUAAUGCUGGUGGCGCGAAUGCUGGCGGUGCUAAUGGUGCUAAUGGUGCUAAUGGUGCUGGUGGUGCUAAUGUCAUAAGCGAUAGUUAUGGCCAAAUCUUGAACCAUGAGUUGUUUCGAACCUUGCUAUCAAUUAUCAGCAUAAAUAUGUCUUCUGAGACAUACAAGGCUAUAUUGAAGAUUGCCGUUAUUACCAUUUCUGGGGCCGUAUUCGAAACGGAAUCAUUGGCACAUUUUUUGCCCUUGUAUGAGUCGUUGAUUGGGUUUCUUGACGCUAUCGAUAUUAUUGCCACAAAGUUGUAUCUUCCCGAUAACAAGAUUAUACUCAACUCGAUAAAAUUGGUUACAGAUCUAAUCAACCAGGCCGUCAAAUUUGACUACUCGGGUAUUAUUACCAUAGCAGCAAGGUUGAAGCAUGCUCAGUUUUUUAGCACAAUCGAUAACAUGAUGAAUAUCAACGAGGAAAAAGUCUUUGUUGAGACUAUUGACCAUUUGAGGGCUUCCUAUCGCAAAUUGAAUCAGUAUCUUAACUCAAUAUCUUUUGACUUGUCAAUAAAGUCCCAUCAACUUUUGUUGAAUAACUUGUUCAUCUUUUUAGAAGUUUCAUUGAACGAGUUUGGCACACAAGCAACGACAAAGGAGUACAUAAAAUCUGGGUUCACCGACAAUCCCAGACAAUACAUUGUAGACAAUUUUUCCAUUUUACUAGCAAUGGAUUUGAAAAUAUUCUUGAAAAACCCAAAUUUUACUUUUAAAAAGAGAUUUCACGAAGAGUUGAUGAUGAGCAAUCACAUGCGUACAUUUCCACUUGCACUAUUCAUUGAACGGUGCUCAAAAAUGUGGAUCAAGAUUUUAGAUACAAAUUCCAAGUUUCCAGUUUUGAGCUAUGAGUUGCUAAUCUACAGUUCAAUGAAUAUUUGCUUGAAUUUAUGGCAAGAAACAAAAGCUCAAUCAAAUAAUAAGCUGGAUAUUGACAAAAUAUUUCAAUUGUUACUUUCGAAUAUUGAAAGCUUUGAAGUAAAUUUGGAUCGAGGAAUGAGUAUUGAAGAAUGCCUUGACAUCACUUCUUCAAAGUCAAGCGACGAAAUGAGACACAUUCAAGCGAACAAAAUCAGUGAAAACUUUACAACCAAAUGGCAAAGCAGGCUUCUGGUGUUUAAUGAGGAAUUAAGAAAACAAGUUUGGAAGUUUGUUGCAGAGCAAAGGGUUAUACAGUUAUUAAAAGGAUCGUGGGUGUUUACCGAGAAAUUCGGAGAAUCUCUUUUCAACCCCAGGGUUCGGGCUGACCCAAAGUCAAAAUACUACUACAUUAUUUUAUCGCCCAAUAGAAAGUUUAUCUACUUCAAGCAGUAUGCUGAGAAGCCAUCAUUUAGCCCUAGUUUUGAAGAAUUGGAAGAGGCUGGUGGAGUAAAACUAACAGAUAUAUACGAUGUAAACUCAACUGUUAUUGGUGAGGCUCUUGGAGAAGAGGAUAAAAAAAAAUAUUCCAUGUUGAUAUCAAUAAAGGGAACCAUUUCGUAUGAAAAGCUCACCAUAGUUGGCGCAAAUCAAAAGAGGUUACUAUCAUUUUACACGGAUUCCGAGGUUAACAGAUUUGUUUGGUUAGAUGGAAUCAAAAUGUUGAAGGAUAUAAAGACAUUAUCAGAUGAUACAGUUAAACAAAUCAACUCUUUGAUGUACACAAGGCGAAAUACUCAGUUGUUGGGAUUGGAUAGUGACAUAGACUCAGAUAAGGAGGAAGAGGAGGAGGAGAAAUUUAGUAGCGAAGAAUUGGAUGCCGUUACUACUGAUUUUUAUUACAUAUGA